AUGGCUGAAAAACUCGAGGAUCUCAACCUCCCACUUACUGUGGUUACUAGAAUUGUCAAAGAAGCCUUGCCUGACGGUGUAGCGAUAUCAAAAGAAGCUAGAACCGGUCUCGCUAAAGCCGCUUCGGUUUUCGUUUUAUAUGUAACCUCAGCAGCUACGAAUAUAGUGAAAAACAACAAAAGAAAAGCGUUAACUGGCCAGGACGUGUUGGAAGCGAUGGCUGACAUAGAAUUCGAUCGAUUUGUUGAACCAUUGAAAGAUGCGUUAGAACAAUACAAACAAGUGGCGUUUGCGAAAAAACAAGCUUCAGGAAAGAAAAAGGAUGAAACUGAAGAUGUGGAAAUGGCUGAAGAUGAAUAA